CAUGAAGACAACACUAGAAACCAGUUGAAACAAUGAGGUUUCAUUUGAGGUUUUACCUGCAAUACUUGGUUCUACUUGGUUUCAGCUGGGUAAUUUCUACUUAUGGCCCACAUCAGAGGGCCCAGAAGACUGGUGACAUACUGCUGGGGGGGCUUUUCCCAAUACACUUUGGGGUGGCCUCUAAAGACCAGGAUCUUGCAGCAAGACCAGAGUCAACAGAGUGUGUCAGAUACAACUUUCGUGGAUUCCGUUGGCUUCAAGCUAUGACAUUUGCUAUUGAGGAGAUCAACAACAGCUCUACUCUUCUUCCAAACAUCAUGCUUGGUUAUCGUAUUUUUGACACAUGCAACACUGUCUCGAAAGGCCUGGAAGCAUCACUAAGCUUUGUUGCACAGAAUAAGAUCGAUUCACUCAACUUGGAUGAGUUCUGUAACUGCACAGGAAACAUCCCAUCAACAAUUGCAGUGAUUGGGGCAUCUGGAUCUGCGGUCUCUACAGCAGUGGCUGAUCUAGUUGGCCUCUUCUACAUUCCUCAGAUCAGCUACGCUUCAUCCAGUCGCCUUUUGAGCAACAAGAAUCAGUACAAAUCCUUCAUGAGAACUAUUCCCACAGAUGAGUACCAGGCUAUUGCCAUGGCUGCCAUCAUUGACCACUUUCAGUGGAACUGGGUGAUUGCUAUUGCCUCUGACGAUGAAUAUGGCCGUCCAGGCAUUGAAAAGUUUGAGAACGAAAUGUUUCAUAGGGACAUCUGCAUUGAUCUCAAUGCUUUAAUUUCACAAUACAUUGAUGAAGCUGAGAUUCACCGUCUGGCAGAUCGCAUUGAAAACUCAACCGCCAAGGUCAUUGCUGUGUUCGCCAGUGGACCUGAUAUUGAACCACUUAUUAAAGAGAUGGUGAGGCGCAAUGUCACAGAUCGUGUCUGGCUGGCAAGUGAAGCUUGGGCCAGUUCUAGCAUGGUUGCCAAACCAGAGUACCUUGAUGUUAUGGGUGGAACUAUUGGCUUUGCACUGAGAGCUGGCCAUAUACCUGGCUUUAAAGAAUACCUACAACAAGUGCACCCAAAGAAGUCCAGCCAUAACGAAUUUGUGAGGGAAUUUUGGGAAGAGACCUUUAACUGUUACCUAGAAGAUAGUCCAAGGAAUGAGGACAGUGAGAAUAGCAGCACAAGUUUCAGACCUCUGUGCACAGGUGAAGAGGACAUUGCAAGUGUAGAGACCCCAUACCUGGACUACACGCACCUAAGGAUUUCUUAUAAUGUGUAUGUGGCUGUUUAUGCUAUAGCGCAGGCACUUCAGGACAUUCUUACCUGCACACCUGGGAAAGGACUGUUUGCUAAUGGAUCUUGUGCAGACAUUAGGAAAGUGGAGGCAUGGCAAGUUCUGAAACAACUGAGACACCUCAACUUCAUAAACAGCAUUGGGGAGAGAGUGCAUUUUGAUAAUGGCAGCGAGCUUUCAGCAAAUUACACAGUCAUAAACUGGCAUCGGUCACCUGAGGAUGGAUCUGUUGUAUUUGAGGAGGUUGGUUAUUACAGCAUACAUAACAAGAACGGUGCCAAACUCUCCAUAGACAAUGCAAAAAUACUGUGGAAUGGCCAUGAUACAAUACAUUUGUUUUUCUUUUUUUUCUGCCAGGUACCAUUUUCCAACUGUAGUGAGGAGUGUGAACCUGGGACCAGAAAAGGUAUUAUUGACGGCAAACCCACCUGCUGCUUUGAGUGUACAGAGUGCUCAGAUGGGGAGUACAGUGAUCAUAAAGAUGCCAGUGUUUGCUCUAAGUGUCCUAAUAAUUCCUGGUCUACUGGCAAUCACACUUCCUGCUUUCUUAAGGAAAUUGAGUUUCUGUCUUGGACCGAACCUUUUGGGAUUGCGUUGGCCUUGUUUGCAGUUCUUGGGAUCCUGUUAACAGCUUUUGUGUUGGGUGUUUUUGUGCAAUUCCGUGACACUCCAAUUGUGAAAGCCUCAAACCGAGAGCUGUCAUACCUUUUGCUUUUCUCGCUCAUCUGUUGUUUCUCCAGCUCCCUUAUAUUCAUCGGCGAACCACAGGAUUGGACGUGCUGCGUACGCCAACCAGCUUUUGGAAUCAGCUUUGUGUUAUGCAUCUCUUGCAUUCUAGUUAAAACCAAUCGGGUCUUGCUGGUGUUUGAAGCCAAAAUCCCAACCAGUCUCCAUAGUAAAUGGUGGGGACUGAACCUGCAGUUCUUAUUAGUGUUCCUGUUCACAUUUGUGCAGGUGAUGAUCUGUGUGGUUUGGUUGUACAAUGCACCACCAGGGAGUUACAGGAACUAUGACAUUGAUGAGAUCAUCUUUAUCACCUGUAAUGAGGGUUCAAUGAUGGCAUUGGGCUUUCUCAUUGGCUACACGUGCCUGCUGGCUGCCAUUUGUUUCUUCUUUGCGUUCAAGUCUCGGAAGCUUCCAGAAAACUUUACAGAGGCCAAGUUCAUCACAUUUAGCAUGCUUAUCUUCUUUAUUGUCUGGAUCUCUUUCAUCCCUGCAUACUUUAGCACGUAUGGCAAAUUUGUCUCCGCGGUUGAGGUCAUUGCCAUUCUCACCUCCAGCUUCAGUUUGCUGGCCUGUAUAUUUUUCAACAAGGUGUACAUCAUUCUUUUCAAACCAUCCAGGAACACAAUAGAGGAGGUACGCUGUAGCACAGCAGCUCAUGCUUUCAAAGCAGCAGCGAAAGCAACGCUACGACACAGCUCAGCCUCCAGGAAGAGGUCAAGUAGUGUGGGUGGGUCCUCUGCCUCCUCGCCCUCCUCGUCAAUCAGCCGUAAGACCAAUGGGAAUGAAACAGAGUCACCCUCUGCAUGUAGGCAAAGUCAGAAACCAAGGGUAAGCUUUGGAAGAGGAACAGUCUGUCUGUCUUUAAGCUUUGAGGAAACUAGAAAGGACUCAGUGAAAUGAGAGUACACAAAAUUAGUGGCAUAAAUAAGAACUGGUCUACGAGUGAUUGUACAUCAAUUGUACAAUGAAUCAUAGUAUGUGAGCAGUGUGUAGAGGAAGCAUAGUGGGAAGCAGAAUUGCAAGAUUUUGCCUGAAGCGAGGAGUGGGUUUUAUGCAAGUCAGAGUUAUUUCUCUUGCUACAUGAAUGCUUCGAUACCAGGACAACAUGAGCAUAACAUGUUAUUGUUAGUGAUUUAAAAAAAAAUCAUAAACAUUUUCUCCAAGUAAUUUUAUUUUUUCAUUUAAUAAAUUCUGUGCCCAGACAUUUGUGAUUUGAAAGAAAAAAAAAAACAGUGGAGUGAUCACUCAACACUUUAAUUACACAUACUCUGCAAUUCAUAUUUUAUACUAGAUUUUUGCCAUUUUUGUCAACAUAUAUUCCCUUGUUUUUAAUUAACAACCUAUUUUCGAGUGAAAGAUUUGGAGAUGAUGACUGGUGGUGGUAUCACCAGUCUAUUUUUUUCAAAGCAACUCUGAAACUGACUUCUACUAAAUGUGGAAACAGCAGAAUCCCUCCCAAUUACAGACAUGGACUAAUCUCUGUCGGCAUUACUUUAUGUAUGGUCCAUGAGACCAUUUGACUACAUGAGACUCUGACAUUGCACAUGAAAAGACAGAAAUUUGUAUUUGUAUUUUUAUGCAAGUCAUUUGUUGACCACAUCAGUCUGACUCUUACAGUAUGUACGUUUUUUUUAGUCGCCCUGUUUAAGACUGCCUGCUAAAUGUAAGGAGAUAUACUGUGUGUCUCAUGUGAUUUCCCAUGAUUUACCCCAAGCCUGUGAUAUUGGUUCUGCUAAACACAACUGUUGACCAAAAGUGUUUUAAAUUCUCCAGUUUACCUAUUAACAAUUGCCAUGUGUUAAAUAUUUUGAUCAUUGGCCAAAAAGUUUUUAACAGUGAGUCAGGAAUUGUAAGGUCCUUGAUAUUUUGCUUAGAAUAUAUUCAAAAUAAACUGCAUCACUGAGCAGAGGUUGUCAACUGGUGGGUCGCAGUCUUGAUAGAGUCACAGACAGCAGGGGAAAAACAAUGCCAAAUGAAAGUAAUAAAUGCAACUAAUCAUAUAAGGGGCCGUUUACACAACAACGUUUUCAACUAUAAACAGAAAACUUUUUAUGCAUUUUGGCUGGUCGUUUACCCGGCAACGGCGUUUUGGGGCCUGAAAACGCAAACAUUUGAAAAAUGCACGUUUUUGAAAAUGAUGCCGUUAUCGUCUCCGUGUAAACAUACAAAAACACGAAUUUGUGAAAACGAUGACGUCAUGCGCACGCGUAUUACGUGUUCAAUCUAUAGGCAUGCGCAAGACAUUCAAAACUACAAUGGCGGACUACAGGACUGUGUAUGUGCUGCUCAAGAUUUUGAGUUUAUUGACGCUUCUCCAGCAAAGUGUACAUUUACUGCAGCACUACAACGACCAGCGAUCACCAUCUUCAUUGUUUGUAUUCACCGCUCUGUGGAAGAAUGCUUAUGUGCACAGGCACAUAGUGUUUCUUUACAAAGUGACAUCGGCAACUACUGGCCUGGCAUGCAUAAUACAGCGUUUUUAGUUGUUUUCGCGGAUCCGUGUGAACGGGGAUCGUUUUGACAAUGUUGUCGUCUGUACGCAAAACUUUUCAAAAACACAAAGGAAAACUUUUCCGUUUUUAGUACAUCGUUGUCGUGUAAACGUACCCUAAGUGUGCAUUAGUAGGAUAGUAAAAUAAACUGACUUAUCAGCUGGUAAAAGGGAGGCAACAAUGCAUCCAUAUAUCUUGUUGUUGAUGUCAAAGACUGCGUCCAAUCAAACUGUUUUGAUGCCAACUGAUCUGUCACUUGGUAGAGGCUAGCCAAUUAUGCAGAUGCCAAAAUGGAGUUGUAUGGCAUGCCCUCAUCCUUGAAAAUGGUGAUAUUCUUGUUUACUUUAGCCUAUUAAACAAUUUUGGUACUGUGUGGGUUACAACUUGAUGUCUGAUUGGUUGCCAAGUAGCACAUGUUCCUAGAUCAUUCCUGUUACAACAUUUCUAUCAUCCAAUCAGAUUUUAGGGUUAAUGUUAUGGUUAGGCUUAGGGCUAGGGUUCGGGGCUUGUAUUCUUAAUAACAUUUAAUUUUCCUCUAAUUAAAAAAAAAAAAAAAAAAUUGGCAGCUUGUUUGUCACUCCAUUCCAUUUCUUGUCCUUUCUUGACAAUUCGUGUUCAUUAUGCUUUGCUCUAGUCACUUGUCAAUGAUGCUAAAUUCGAAAGAGGCACCAUUCUUUAGAGCAGCAUGACUAAAUACAAGCGCAAGUUCCACUUCUCUAUUGCUUCGCGUUCCGCUGUCUGUUCCAUAUGAAACACAAAACAUGCAACUAACUGCUCACCCAUUUCUGACAGCCAGUGAUAUGCAGUUGCCAUUUUGCUUGGUUUAAGCUGAAUAACUGCCAACUGGAGGGGUUCUGAAUAUGGGACCACUUGCAUCAAAAGCAAAGAUAAUAGCUACUAGACACACUGUAAAUGUUUCACUGUUAUUUGUAUAUUUAUCAUGUACAUACUCAUUUUUUUUUUUUUUUUUU